UCAGACGGAGUCCUGUUGGCUCAUUGUUAUUCUGCCCGAGUGAGAGAGGGACUGGGAGAAUGGGAGGCUGACUGUGGUUUCCAACGGCAGGGAGCUGGUCACACUGGUGGAGGUGCUGCUUUUCUGGUCUUUUUUUUUUUUUGCUGGAUUGGAGGCAUGUGGGUAAUCGGCUCAGUAAUGAGGAAAGGUACUGAACGGCACUGCAUAUCUGACCCUGAUUCCUGGGAGUAAAGAGAAGAAGAGGGAGGAAAAAGGAGAGAGGGUUAUGUGAAAAAGGGGUGGAGGGGAGGUGAGAUUUAGUGCUCUGCUGGAUGAAACAACCCCCCACCAUCUAACGGAGAGGGAAAGUAGCCUAAUAGGAAGACGAGAGGGGGUGUUAUAUUGUUCAUUAAAGAGUGAAGGACGCACAGGAAACCUUCAUCAUUUCCCACAAUGUGCCCAGAAAAGGGGACUUGCGACCUCUGUAAAACUUAGGCAGGUGAACAGCAGAGUGAAGGAACAACACAAGGACAUUUUUCUGCUGUGAAUCUGUGAGAGAAGAAAAAUGUCUCGAACUGAAGAGGUCAGCAAAAUGACAGAAAACGUGUACAAGGGGAUUCUGGACCAGUUCAACCCCAGUCUGAAGAAUUUUGUGACCAUGGGGAAACACUAUGAGAAGGCCUUGACAGGAGUGACGGUGGCUGCUAAAGGCUACUUUGAUGCUCUGGUGAAGCUCGGCGAGCUGGCGAGUGACAGCCAAGGCUCCAAAGAGCUUGGCGAUACACUGUUUCAGAUGGCCGAGGUGCACCGGCAGAUUCAGGUGCAGCUGGAGGAUGUGUUAAAACUGUUUCACUCUGAGCUGCUCACUCAGUUGGAGCAGAAGCUGGAGUUGGACAUCAAGUACCUCACAGCAACCUUAAAAAAGUAUCAGAGUGAGCGCAGGUCUCAAUCUGAAUCAAUUGAGCGCUGCCAGUCCCAGCUGAAGAAACUCCGCAGGAAGAGCCAGGGCAGCCGUCACCCGAACAAAUACGGCGACAGAGAGAUGCAGUUUGUGGAGUUGAUGAGUCGUCGCCAAGGCGAGCUGGACACUCUGGUGGCCACAGGCUACAAAUCUGCCCUCACCGAAGAGAGGAGGCGAUACUGCUUCCUGGUGGACAGACAGUGCUGUGUCACCAAACUGCUCACUAACUACCACUCCAAGGUCAAAGAGCUUCUGUCGCAGAAACUUUCAUCUUGGCAGCAGUCGUGUGCUCAGCCAACGAAGCUCCCGGAGCGUGCUCUCAAUCUGCUGCGUCACACCGCGCCGCCAAGCACAGGGGCUGCUGGGAUAGCCGAGGUCCUCCGUCACACCAAGCUCGGCUCUGCUCAGCCGGAGCAGAGGCUCUCUGUUCAAGAAGUCCCACCUCUGUUAAAUGGAGACUCCAGUCGCUCCCAGCUGCGAUUGGUGCCCUCCUCCUGCUCCCAGAGUGACACCGGUCCUUCUCAUGGCUCUCCCCAGACAUUGCGCUCUGCCUCGUCUAUCGGAGGAGCUGCUGGAGGUUCAUCCCGAGGAGCCUCUCCUCCGCAUGUCGGCACGCCCCUCAGUGUGUCAGCCAGCCUGCACUCUGACGGCAGUGGCAAUGACAGCGCCAGCCCGGCAGCGUCCACACCUAACACCUGCAGCAUCUCAGCCCAGCAGGGCGCUCUCCUUCUGGCUACAAACACAUCCAAUCUCUCCCCGAGCCUCAUCCCUUCUACCGUCAUGUCGCUCAGCCACAUCUCACCGGCCGGUGGCUCCUCACAGGGCAUGAGCCUUGCCAUCUCUCACAGUGCCCCUCACAGUCCUCCACUGUCACACAGUGCUCCUCUCUCCAGGGCCAUGACUCCGGUGCAGCUUCUGCACCAGCAAGUGGGACCAGGGGGAAGCAACACUUUGUCUCCAUCGCAUAAUCCGUGGCUGCUGAAGGCUGGAGACAUGUGUGCAACUGCAACUCUUCCCCUGCCGAGAAGACCCGCCAGUGAAAUGAGACUGGGCGGCUUUCAGGGCUCCAGUCUCCCCAGGACGCUGCCUCUGUCCGGACUGACCCGUGUGGAGGCCUUGUUUGGUCACACACCUGGGGCCUCCGAGGCUGGUGGAGGAAGCAUGGGGGGCGUAGCUUGCUUGCUUCACUUCCAACCUGGUGACAGCAUCACUCUGCUUAUUUCUGAGCCCAGAGAUGGCUGGCACUAUGGCCUAAAUGAGCGGACUGGGCGGAAAGGCUGGUUCCCUUUUUCCUAUACUCAGCCACAACAUGGCAAGAUGGAUCACUUCGAAGGCUCUCUUUUCUUAUCUAAGGCUAACAGCACGAGUACUGGACAGCUCGACAAACUAGUGUCUCCAGGUCUCCCGGCCCUCACCCCUGAUUCAGAGGACGAGCGCUCCCUUCCUCCCCAGAGGGUCAGCACCUUCCGCCCGCGCCCCUACAGCAUGGCCGACAGCAACAAGAUCACCUCAGAUUUGGCCUCUCCUCCGCCCUCGCCCACCAGGGUGUACCACUACCUUUCGCCUGAGGAGAGCUGGCAUAGGCUCCAGCAGACCCUUGUGACCCAGAACAAGAAUACGGCCAAUCCAUUUGCCCACGUCCGACUCAGAAAGACAGUCACCAACGAUCGCUCGGCUCCCAUCAUUGAGUGAGACAUCGGUGGGACGGAGCAGACGUCCUGCUCUGGAUGUUUCAUCAGUCCAUCAGGCCUAAGGUUGACAUCUGGAAACAGCACACCAACUCAAGUGUUUGGACACUGAUUUACUUGGCAUUAUGACAUCUUCAAUUUAAACAUAUACUUUGUGAUUCAUGUGCAGAAAUGUGUCCAGUGCUGUGAAUUUGAAUCCAGUUUAUUUGAUUUUAAGGUUUUGAUUAAUAAAGAGAAACCACUAAUACCUAACAAUAACUUUGACAGAACUGUGGGCAUUACAAUGAAAAUCGGUUUCUCUCUUUCUUUCUGUGUUUGAGACCAACCUUCUGUGUCUUAUUCAAAAUAACUAACAUUUGCAAAUCAGUCCUGAUCUCUGAAGGCUGCUCUUGUAUCUUUUAUUUGCUCUAUCUUUUUUUUUUGCAUCACAAAAGUAUUGUUUUUUUCAUCUGAUUUAGGGACUGGAUCCUACAAUAGCAGGUUGUACACUCUGACACUUGUGUGUUAUGCAAACAGGACAGGUUCCUUCUCUACCACAGUAUUAUAUUUUCUUUUGAAAAGCCUGUUACAUUGGUGCUUUUUCAUGGUAUCAGUGAAGGAAAGCCUUUGAAUUGUAUUAAGUGUGCAAUUUCUUUUCUUUUCUUUCUUUUUAUUUUUAAAUGUGACUGUUUAGAUGGUAUACUGGGAAUAUUUUAAUGAAUCUGACACACUGAAAUUUUUUUGUGUUACUUUUAAUUUGUUUGCUGUAUGUAGGAAGUGCUUGAGUGCACAAAACCAUGUCAGAUAAAUUUAUGCCGGUAAAAGUUGUUCAUUCUACUGCUGUAAAGUUAUAUUUUAGCAUUUCAAAAUAUGGAUUAUUGGAUUACUUUAACCUGUUACCGAUGACUACAGAGAGCAAAAUCUCCUUUUGACCUGAACUUUCAAUAUUGUACUCAAAUGUGAACAGUGACAAAAAAAAACAGCCAAAUUUAGAAAAUUGACACACUGUGAAGGUUAAUAGCUGAAUGUUUGGAUAGUAUUUUCCUUUGGAGAGAAGAGUUAUUUUGGCAAGUAGCAUGAUGUGGAGGGUUCAAAGAUUCCGACUGAGAGGUUUGCAUUCUUGGUCUUCGGAUUUUAUGUCUUCUUGAUUCCUUUUCAGUCCCAAAUCUAAAACUAUUUUACCAUCUAGGCUAGUUAACUCUAGUUUUCUUUACCAAUCAGACUGAGCAGAAUCGUUAAGAGUGAUGUGAAAGCCAAGACAGAUGACAUGACGAAGUUUACUUGGGGAAUGUACCUAUGAAAGUGAUUAAGAAAGUAUGUGGAAAGUUGACCAAUGUCUGAGCAAGUGUUCAUGGUAAACUAGAGAAAGUAACAUUCUGCAGCUCUAAAUCACUAGCAAAGUAUAGCAAAGUGCAUAAUGAAACUGUUCAAGCUUCUGCUCUAAUUACCUUCAGUUGGUGAUCGUUCAGCACCUUGAUGACACAGGACAUCACAUUUAAAGAUUGUUGAAAUGCAAAUACUGUAUAUCACUUUGUGUAGUGUUGCAUGAUUAAUGUUGGGAGUGUAAAUAUUUUGGAAAAAAUCUGUGACGGUAUUACUUUAGUGUUCUUUUUGAAAUGAUAUUUCACCUUGGGUUGAGAAUUUUGACUUCGUCCUCAUAAAGAGAAAACCCCCGAUAGGGGAAACACUGCUGAACUGCUAGAUUGUGAAUUUAUUUUCCAACUAUCUGAAAAUAUAAGUGACAUACUGAACACAAGCCUACACAGGCCUGGAUGUUUGUUUUAGCUCGAGAGACACAGUCAGAUUAAUUUCUUAAGAAUUUGAAAACUAAAUGAUAUAAAUAUGUAACUUUGGUCAAAAUUUCUAUGACACAUUUUUAAAUAGUUUUCCUUACGAACACAUUAUUGAAUAUUGCAGUAAAAAAAAAUUAAUCAUGAAAUAUUUAUGUUGUAUAUCAAUGGGUUUGCACAAAAUAUUUCUUUUUCCAUUCACUUUGCCUCUUUCAAAACCCAAGUGAACGCAAGUUCAAAAGUCUGACACCAAAGUGAAGUAUUGUUGAAGCAUUAUGCAACCCUUUAUACACAAGUCUGUGCCUCUGUGUGUGAAUGAAAUGCAGAAGUGUAAACACACUUGGCAGGUUGUUGUAUUAAUGUCAAAAUCUUCUACUGUGUUGAUGGAAACUCACGAGGAACACCUGAAUACUGAAAUUGUCUUGUGAAACUAAAGUUCUGUGAAGAAAAGUGUUGAGUGUGUUUGCCUUGUAAAAGUGAGAUUUCUGCAUUGUUUUCAUUGUUAUGUAUGGGAUAAUUGAAUUUGGCAGUGUGGGGUUUCUGUAGGGGUCUAGCACAGGCUAGAAGAGUCACGGAGAUGUAACAUCCUACUCAACUAUUCCACAUUUAUCUGUAAAUGAUUUUGUACAGCUCUACUUGUUUUCCUUAACUGAGUAUGCUGCUAUGAAGCAACAGUUCAUUUUCAACCGUAUUAAUCUGAUUACAGCUUUUCCAAACUAAACCUCCAGCAACGGAUCAGUGGAACUGCUUACAUUUUUUGAAAAACAAAAAAAAAAAUCUGUGUUUCAACAUUGUGGCUAUUACAAAGAUUAGUGUGCCAAACUGGAUGCAAUGGACCCCUUGUCUUUUAAAUUCAACAUUACGUCAUUUUAGGGGAAAGGAGAACAUAUCAUGCUCGAUUUUAAAAAGUAGAGGACAUGAUUAAAUUACAAAGCUGAUCAAGUGAUUUAAUGGUCAAACUAGACUUCCGUUGUGUCUGUGUGAUGAUGCCAAUGGGAGUUAAUGUGUUCUGGUGGUGAAGCUGUUUCUGAACCCAGACGUGCAGCCGUAAGAGAUGGAUGCUGCUGUUUAAAGGCUGCAAGUUCAAGAAAUUAGGUGUUGGUUGCUUGAGAUAUAGGUAAAAUAAAAAAAUGCAUGAUCACAGAAUGGAAACAUGCUCAUUGUUUAUGCCUGACUGUCACUGAUGCAUCGAAAUGUCAGUUAAUAGUUGCAGUUCAAAACAAUAGUUUCUACACCUUAAAACUUUUUCAGGGAAGAGAACAGAACAUUUUCUGAGAUGUAUAUGAUAUACUCUUGAUGAUCUAAUAGCCUGUUUCAAAGAAGUAGUACAAAAUAAUUUGGUAGAGUGUGGUACUCAUUUAUCUGUAUUUUUAACAAACACUUCAAAUGUAAAUACACACACCAUAGGCGUUUUAGACAUCCUUCUGUUGGGGUAAGGUACUCUUAAGGUGGAACUCCAAACACAGCAGCUAGCUGAUCAGACAAACAAGUUGCACCAUCUUGAAGUCUUCUCUCAAACAAAGCUUGCCAUUGUUGUCCUUUCUUAACAGAGUUCUGUUGUUCAUUUUUGAUUUUAUUGAUUAGGGUCACUGUAUCACAAAGGCAUGAUGUUGCAUUGUUGCAUAACAGAGGUAGCUACAAUCUCCCGUCCAACACACCUGGCUAUGGAAACACAAGCUAGAUCUACGCUUAAGCUUCCAAACCGUACCAAUCAAAGCCGAGCUGUAAUGCUCAGUGGAUACAUGGUUUACGUGUAUUUAAUAAAUCAAUGUAGCACACAAUUAGAAUUAAAUAGAAUCUUUAUUUUGAAACAUUGACAACAGGGGCAACUAUGCAGACAUAUGGACAAGAGGAGCAUCACAAGCCUCGAUUGUGAGAAGAAAUUAGAAUGAUUUAAACCACUCCAACUUGUUUCCCUUUGGGUCAGUUGGAUGGGAAGGAACAUCAGGCAUGUUUCCAUCAUCCCGCACAGGAACUACAAUAAGAAAAUAAAGAGAAAAAGCUUUAACGACUGCUGAUUUUCCUAUAGCUUUAACGAUGUUGAGGUAUCAAGAGGUAUUGAACACAUGCCAGUGACGAUUAAUAAACACCACCUAAUCUGAAAUAACAUCAGUGUUUACCUGGAUAGUUGUAUGGCACAGCAGCAUUCAGCAUUGCUGUAUAUUUUGUAUAGGGGCUGAUGAAAGGCAAAAUGACACCUAAGGAAAUACAAAUAUAUACAUUUAACAUAUGACACCAUAACACCAUCAGUAAAUUAUCAGUAAAUAGUCUAAUUAAAUUCCUCAAAACAUUGAUUGGGUAUCUUUGCCUUCUGCUUGAUGAAGGAACCUCAUAUUCACCCAAAUUAGUUGCAACUUUCAGAUGCAUUUAGCAACAAAACAGUAGUUAUAUUGUUGAAUAAUUUUUACCUUUUAAUUUUCACCUAAAACAGCAGCUACUGUAAAAUGUUUGCCAAUUGGCCAAUCUAUUUCCCCCCCCAAAAAACACCACUUUUAUGUGGUGUAAAUGCAAUUAAUGUAAACAGCUGAGACUGGAGCAUUUCAGUCCAUAUUUUCCAUUGACUGUCUUCAAUUCAACACUAAGGAUUUGAGAACUGAGAAGAACUGUUGCUAUAGUUCUGAAAGCAACUUGUUUUCCACCACUUCCGCAAUCUACGAUCUAAGAUGCUCAAAUGUUCAGGCUUCUUUUGACACAUUUUUUCAUUUCAUGAUGCAGAAAAUGUGCAGUUGAUGAUGAAAACAUCUUUCUUAAUGCGUUUCCUUACUUCUGCAAACCUUUUCCUUCUUAUUACUCAUAUUACUGACCUGUUUACAAUUAAAUUAUGGUGA